AUGGGUCUCAGUUGUUCAGGAAAGGUUGGGAUGCUCUUCCUCAUCAUCUUAAAUAUAAUUUUUAUGUUACUUGGCCUCGGCUUGAUGAUUCCGGGAAUCCUGGUCCAGGUGAACGUCGAUAUCGUCAAUGACAAAGUGAUGCCCCUUCUUAACCAGGUGUCGUUGGGUGGUCUGACCUUUGGGGAUGCUGCGAAUGGCCUCUCAGUAACACUUAUCGUACUCGGAGCCUUUAUUCUACUGGUUGCAGGUCUGGGCGCGUUUGGGGCAUGCUGUAAAAACAGAUGUAUGCUUGUGAUUUAUGCUAUCAUCGUCGCCUUGUUCUGGAUAGCGGAAGUAGUUAUUGUCAUCUUGUGGUUUGUCAUGCGCGGCAAUCUGGAAUCCGAGGCUAAGUCACAGUUAUUGUCACAAUUACAUAAUAAUUACAAAAAUGACGAUCUGACGACGCACGAGAUCUCCACCUCCUGGAACUAUCUGUUUAUGGAGCUACAAUGCUGUGGUGUUAACGCAGUAGAGAGUACGACAAACGAUUUUGACAGUAGCGUGUGGCAGAGCGGGUCACCUACAGCUCAGAUACCUAAGGGGUGCUGUGGCGCUACCGUCAGCGACUAUACGUCUUUUUCCCAAGCAUCGUGCACGGACACUGUGACCUCUGGAUACUAUACUAAGGGUUGUUACCAAGCAGUGUACGAUAAGAUUAUGACAUACAGCAACUGGUUUAUUGGAAUUGGCAUUACCCUUCUUGUUGUUGAGAUCUGUGCUAUCAUCGCAGCCUGUCUGAUCUGCAAGCAGGUGGGAGAUAAAGACAUGGUGGUGUAGCAGAUCACGUGACAUCACGUGACAGGAUGCGUAUCAUCAGCGUUACGUCAGUUGUCAUACUGGUGAGGGAAGAAGGGAAAACAGGAAUAAUGGUGUGAUAAUAGAUAUACUUGUAGUUUGUUAUUCUAUUGUUCAUUAACGCGAUGCUAACGCUUGGAACUUAAUAAUUUUGUUGUCACUAGCAUUUUUCGUAAUUUUCAUUUUUUUUCUCACCGGUUGUCACACGGUGUUGCAGAAUGUUAUGCUUGGCAGGGAUUGUAAUUCGCAAGAUUAUCUGAAUGCAUGCAAGCUAGUAGUAUUUGUUAAUAUAACAUAAAUCGAAUAUAAUGGAUUAUUUCCCUUUCUGAAAUGUAAAAUUUUGAAUCCGUCCAAUUUCUCAGUAACUUCAUGCUAUAAUGACAUUUAUUUACAGACUCGUCAUAGCACAUUUUAAUUUAAUUA